ACCACUAAAAUCAAAGUGAGAGGAGACGACUUUUUUGUUAUUCUUACACUUUCAUUUUGGUAGUUUUAAUUUCUUGAGAAGCAACUAAUGGCAGAUAGUCUGAAGGAAACACUCCUCGCAAUCUCAACUUCUUUAAAGGUGUUGUUAGACAAGCUUGUUGAGGAAAACAUCCGCAGCACGAAGCUUGACGUUUCACUCUUGAAAAAUUUCAAGUCAACGCUGCUGAAACUUCAAGUUAUAGUUAAUUAUGUUGAGAAGAAACGGAUCACCACCACUGUACGGCAUUGGCUGGAUAGGCUGAGGUAUGAUGCCAUAGAAAUUGUCCAUUUGUUUAACGAAAUCAACACUGAGGCUCAUGUGCUGAAUGUUCUUCCUAUUCAUUUCAAACGCUCUUACUUGCGAAAAUUAAUUGAAAAAUUUGAAGGCUGGAGUUCUGGAGAACAGCUAGGUAAAUUAGGUGAAUGGAAUGGAACUCCUCCUUCACUUUCUCUUCUGGUUGAUGAAUCUCCUAUACAACUCGUCUCACUCUCAGCUUCUGUGAAGGUGUUGUUAAACAAGAUUGUUUCUAGUCAGUUCGUCGACAACUUCCACAGCACUAAACUUGAUGUUUCACUCUUGGAAAAGCUUAAGACAAUACUGCUCAGGGUUCAAGCUUUAUAUCAUAGCGAUGAUUUUCUGUGGGUUCAAGCUAAACUUUUUAACGAUGAUUUUAAGACAACACGGUUGGAUUUUCAAGAUGAUGACGUGAUACUUACUGUAUUGCUUUGGCUGGAUAUGUUGAGAAGUGCUGUCUUUGAAGUUGGCUAUUUGUUGGAGGAAAUCAACCCUCAGACAUUGCCUUGCAAAGUGGAAGCAGAGUAUCAAACCCUAACUACUCCUUCUCAGUUUUCUUCUUCUUUCAAAUGCUUUAAUGGAGUGACGAAUUCUAAAUUGCAAAAAUUAAUUGAAAGAUUACAAUUCUUUAGUUCACGAGCACAAGAUCAAUUUAGUGGUUCCAGUUCCAAAAGUGUUUGGCAUCAAACUCCUACAAGUUCUAUUAUGGAUGAUGAAUCUUGUAUUUAUGGAAGAGACAAUGAUAUAAAGAAACUUAAACAUCUUUUGUUGUCUAGUGACGGUGAUGAUGGUAAAAUAGGAAUUAUUUCCAUUGUGGGUAUUGAAGGGAUUGGUAAAACAACCCUUGCUAAGGUUCUUUACAAUGAUCCCGAUGUUAAGGAUAAAUUUGAGUUAAAAGUGUGGUCACAUGUUUCAAAAGACUUUGAUGAUGAUUUGCAUGUUUUGGAAACCAUUCUUGAUAACUUGAAUAUAAACAGAAAUGAAACAAGUGGCGUAAAUAUCAUUUACCCAAAAUAUUUGCUAGUAUUGGAUGGGGUAUGUGAUGCAAGAUCUAUCAAUUGGACAUUAAUGAUGAAUAUCACUAAUGUUGGUGAAACAGGAAGUAGGAUCAUCAUCACAACACAGGAUGAAAAAGUUGCACUAUCAAUACAAACCUUUGCACUACCCAUGCGAACCUUUCUUUCUGUCCACUACUUGACACCUUUGGAAAGUGAAGAUUGCUGGUCUUUACUUGCCGGGCAUGCAUUUGGAGAACAUAACGACCAACGCCAAUCCAAUCUAGAAGAAAUUGGCAGAGAAGUUGCAAAUAAAUGUUAUGGAUCACCAUUUGCUGCAGUAGCACUUGGGGAUAUUCUUCGCACCAAAUUGUCCCCAGAUUACUGGAAUUAUGUGCUACAAAGUGACAUUCGGUUAUUGAUAGAUCAUGAUGUUCGACCUUUUAUACAACUGAACUAUCACUAUCUUUCGACUCUUUUAAAAAACUGCUUUGCAUAUUGUUCAAUUUUUCCGAAGAAGUCCAUCAUAGAAAAAAAUUUGGUAGUUCAGUUGUGGAUUGCAGAAGGCUUAGUAGAAUCGUCCAUAAACCAGGAAAAAGUUGGUGAAGAAUACUUUGAUGUACUAGUGUCAAGGUCAUUGCUGCAUCAACAAUCUAUUGGUAAUGAGGAACAAAACUUUGAAAUGCAUACACUUGUCCAUGAUUUAGCUACAGAGGUUUCAUCUCCACACUGCAUCAAUAUGGGCGAACAUAACUUACAUGAUAUGAUACAUAAGCUAUCAUACAAUACAGGUACAUAUGACUCAUAUGAUAAAUUUGGUCAAUUGUAUGGAUUAAAAGAUCUACGUACCUUUCUAGCAUUACCAUUAGAAGAACGAUUGCCUCGUUGUUUGCUAUCAAACAAGGUAGUACAUGAGUUGCUGCCAACAAUGAAACAAUUGCGUGUGUUGUCUUUGACAAACUACAAAAGCAUCACUGAGGUUCCCAAAUCUAUUGGAAAUUUGUUAUACCUGCGGUACUUAAAUCUUUCUCACACUAAGAUUGAAAAGUUGCCUAGUGAAACAUGCAAGCUUUACAAUCUGCAGUUCUUGUUGUUGUCAGGCUGUAAAAGGCUCACUGAAUUGCCAGAGGACAUGGGAAAAUUGGUUAGUUUGCGCCGUCUUGACAUUAGUGACACUGCAUUGAGGGAGAUGCCCACACAAAUAGCCAAACUAGAAAAUCUUGAAACUUUGUCUGACUUUCUUGUCAGCAAACAUACUGGUGGAUUGAUGGUUGGAGAGCUAGGAAAGUAUCCUCUUCUAAAUGGAAAACUUUCCAUCUCACAACUACAAAAUGUCAAUAACCCUUUUGAAGCAGUUCAAGCCAAUAUGAAGAUGAAAGAACGAAUAGACAAGUUAGUUUUAGAAUGGGCUUGUGGUAGUACUUGUUCAGAUUCACAAAUUCAGAGUGUUGUACUUGAACAUUUGCGACCCUCAACAAAUUUGAAAAGUCUCACCAUCAAAGGCUAUGGGGGAAUCAACUUUCCGAAUUGGUUAGGUGAUUCGUUAUUUACCAACAUGAUGUAUUUAAGGAUCUCGAAUUGUGGUGAUUGUUUAUGGCUUCCACCCCUUGGACAAUUGGGUAAUCUGAAAGAACUCAUUAUUGAAGGGAUGCAAUCCAUACAGAUAAUUGGUACUGAGUUCUAUGGAAGUGAUAGUUCUCCUUCAUUUCAACCAUUUCCCUCCUUGGAGACUCUACAUUUUGAGAAUAUGCAAGAGUGGGAAGAGUGGAACUUGAUUGGAGGUAUGGAUAAGUUUCCUAGUCUAAAAACUUUGUCACUAAGUAAGUGUCCAAAACUGAGAUUAGGAAACAUACCUGACAAAUUUCCUUCUUUAACUGAACCUGAGUUGAGAGAAUGUCCUCUAUCAGUGCAAUCAAUUCCAUCAUUAGAUCAUGUAUUCAGCCAACUGAUGAUGUUCCCCUUGAAUUCUCUGCGACAGUUGACCAUAGACGGGUUUCCAUCUCCGAUGUCUUUCCCAACAGAAGGUCUCCCAAAAACCUUGAAAAUUCUUACAAUCAGUAACUGUGUGAAUCUAGAGUUCCUUCCUCAUGAAUACUUGCACAAGUACACAUCGCUUGAGGAAUUGAAAAUAUCUUAUAGUUGUAAUUCAAUGAUAUCAUUUACUUUGGGUGUUCUCCCGGUCCUCAAGAGUCUGUUUAUUGAAGGUUGUAAGAAUCUGAAGUCGAUAUUAAUUGCGGAAGACGCGUCGCAAAAGAGUCUCUCAUUUCUUAAAAGCAUCAAAAUAUGGAUUGUAAUGAACUGGAGUCAUUUUCCACAGGUGGAUUGCCCACUAUAAACCUUGUUUAUAUUGCAGUGUGGAAGUGUGAAAAGCUUAGUUCACUACCUGAAGCAAUGAGCUCUCUAACUGGCCUUCAAGAAAUGGAAAUUGAUAAUCUUCCGAAUCUUCAAUCUUUUGUCAUAGAUGAUUUGCCUAUCAGUUUACAGGAACUGACUGUUGGUUCUGUUGGAGGGAUUAUUUGGAAGAAUGAGCCAACUUGGGAACAUCUCCCCUAUCUUUCAGUGUUGCGAAUCAACAGUAAUGAUACGGUGAACAAGCUGAUGGUUCCAUUGCUACCGGUAUCGCUUGUGAGACUAUGCAUUUGUGGUCUUAAUGGUACAAGAAUUGAUGGGAAGUGGCUUCAACAUCUGACUUCUCUCCAAAACCUUGAGAUUGUUAACGCUCCCAAACUAAAGUCAUUGCCAAAAAAAGGAUUGCCUUCCUCUCUUUCAGUACUAAGUAUGACUCACUGUCCGUUACUGGAUGCAAGUUUGCGGAGGAAGCAAGGGAAAGAGUGGCGUAAGAUUGCUCACAUUCCGUCUAUAAUUAUCAACGAUGAAAUAAUCACAUGAUUUUCAUGUUCGGAUUCAAGAGAAACAUUUUCUACUUCUUCGGUUUAUUGAAAAUAUGUGUUGUUUUGGCAUGUCUUAUGUUGGGAAAGAGCAUGUAAAAGAUCCUGCACAAAAAUUUAUAGGUCUGUGCUUGUUCAACUGAAGUUCGAGGUAUAUCCAAGCCUUCACAGAGAGAGAUCAUCUACAAUAGCCAUGGAAAAUUGAUCUUCGCAUUGAUUUCACAUGAACCAUGCCAGCAAGAGUUUAGUUGAGUAUAGCAACUAUCUACCCAGUUCUGUUAGAGACAUUGCAGAACCAUUUUCUUUUCAUUGCUUUCGAAAAUACACUGAAAUUUGAACCAUUUGCUUGAUCUGUAAAGAUGACCUGAGUUUAAUUAGUAACAAUAAAUCCCAAUAAAGUCAUUGCUAAGUGGCUCAAAAACAGAAUGAAUGAAAUGGCUUGAAUAGGUGAGUUUAUUAAUGCAGUUCCUAUUUCUAUAUAUGCAGAAAACUGAACAAAAUGAAAAUUAUUGAUUUGUGUAA